AUGUACGGGGGAGGUGGCGGUGGCGGAGGAGGCGGCGGUGGCGGAGGAGGAGGCCGCGGGAAAGGCGAGCGGAAGACCGGCGCGAAGGAGGAGCCCGGGCCCGGCGGCGGCGGCGGCGGCGGUGGAGGAGGAGGAGGAGGUGCAGGCAGCGGCGGAGGAGGCAGCGGGAGCUGCCGCGUGGAGCUGCUUGUGUUCGGCUAUGCCUGCAAACUCUUCCGCGACGAUGAGCGGGCCCUGGCGCUGGAGCAAGGACAGCACCUCAUCCCCUGGAUGGGCGAUCCUAAGAUCCUCAUCGACAGAUAUGAUGGACGCGGUCACCUGCAUGACCUUUCUGAUUAUGAUGCUGAAUACUCCACGUGGAAUAGAGACUACCAGCUUUCCGAAGAGGAGGCACGAAUAGAUGCCCUGUGUGAUGAAGAGAGGUAUUUAGCCUUGCAUACGGACUUGCUUGAGGAGGAGGCAAGGCAAGAGGAGGAAUACAAGCGACUGAGCGAAGCCUUGGCAGAGGAUGGAAGUUAUAAUGCGGUGGGAUUUACUUAUGGCAGCGAUUAUUAUGACCCUUCUGAACCAACAGAGGAGGAAGAACCCUCGAAACAGAAAGUUGAAAAAAUUGAGGCAGAAAAUGCAGAGGAAAAUGAAGAACCUUUCAUUGCCCCUUUAGGAUUGAACGUGCCUUCUGAUGUGGAACUGCCACCAACGGCCAAGAUGCACGCCAUCAUCGAGCGCACCGCCAACUUUGUCUGCAAGCAGGGGGCUCAGUUUGAGAUCAUGCUGAAAGCCAAGCAGGCCCGCAAUUCCCAGUUUGAUUUUUUGCGCUUUGAUCACUACCUCAACCCUUACUAUAAACACAUCCAGAAGGCAAUGAAGGAAGGGCGAUAUACUGUUCUGACGGAGAACAAAGGAGAAGAGAAGAGAAAUUCAGGGGCCAACUCAGAUGAUGAUGAUGAUGACGACGAUGAUGGUAAUUACCUGCAUCCAUCACUCUUUGCUUCCAAAAAGUGCAGUCGACUUGAAGAGCUUAUGAAGCCUUUGAAAGUGGUGGAUCCUGAUCACCCUCUUGCAGCGCUUGUUCGUAAAGCCCAAGCUGAUAGUAGUGCAUCUACCCCUCAGGCAGCAGAUGGGACAGCUGUGCAGUCGGGACAGGUGGAGUACACUUCAGAUUGGGUUAAUGUACCUAGCACCACAGGAGUAACAACCGUGCCUCCCCCUCCUGGGACUACGCCGCCCCCACCCCCAGCUACAACGGAGUCCAGCAGCGGGCUAGCUUCUGCCACAACUCCAUCCAGUACCCUUGCUCCAGUGGUUGCCAUUAUCCCUCCACCUCCGGACAUCCAGCCUGUAAUUGACAAGUUGGCAGAGUACGUUGCUAGGAAUGGAAUUAAAUUUGAGACUAGUGUUCGUGCCAAGAAUGAUCAGAGGUUUGAAUUCCUGCAGCCAUGGCACCAGUAUAAUGCCUACUAUGAGUUUAAGAAGCAGUUCUUCCUUCAAAAAGAAGGGGGCAACAGCUCACAGGUUGUAACGGCAACAGCUGUAGCAGAAGAGGUUCCAGCAGAGCCUGCCCCUGAAAGUGCCCGUGAAGUGGUAGAAGAUGGUGGGUCUGAAGAUGCUGCUGACACAGGAGGAAAGGGUGCCUCAGGGGCAAAAAAGGAGUCAGCUUCUAGUAAAGUCAUCAGUGAUGGCAAACUGGUGAAAGCUUCAUUUGCUCCAAUAAGCUUUGCUAUCAAGGCCAAAGAAAAUGAUCUGCUUCCCCUGGAAAAAAACCGUGUUAAGCUAGAUGAUGACAGUGAUGAUGAUGAUGAAGAAGGCAAGGAAGGCCAAGAGAGCUCUAGUAGUUCUGCAAACCCUAACCCAGCACUUGUCACACCCUGCGUAGUUGUUGAGGAGAAAAAGCCUCAACUUACCCAGGAGGAGCUGGAAGCCAAGCAAGCAAAGCAAAAGCUAGAGGAUCGGCUUGCAGCUGCUGCCCGAGAAAAGCUGGCCCAGGCCUCCAAGGAGUCAAAGGAAAAGCAGCUUCAGGCUGAGCGGAAAAGGAAAGCUGCUCUCUUUUUACAGACUUUAAAAAAUCCCAUGUCGGAAGCAGAAUCUGGGAAGGUGGACGAUCAUCCCUUUGGUGUGGAGGAAGUCAGUAAUAUGCCAUGUACUUUACUGACUGGAGUGAGACCUCUUCCAGCUUUGGAAGUUAAGCCACCAGAAAGGCCUUCAAGCAAAAGUAAAGAUCCUCCCCGAGAAGAAGAAAAGGAAAAGAAAAAGAAAAAGCACAAAAAAAGGUCUCGGACAAGAUCCCGCUCUCCCAAGUACCAUUCAUCAUCUAAGUCCAGGUCUAGAUCACAUUCAAAAGCAAAGCAUUCUCUUCCCAGUGCCUAUAGAACUGUCCGACGGUCAAGACCCACAGCCUCCACAGGGACACUGAGCACGGAGCCAUGUCAGAGCAGCUCAUCAGUGGCAGCAGCAACAGAUCAAGACAGUUAUCAGGCAGCUUCGACAACGAAAAGAUUUGACUCCUGGAGCUCUUUUGAGGGAAAACCUGGUAAAAUGUCAAGGUCACGGUCAAGGUCGCCCAGAAGAAGAGCUCACUCUCCUGAGAGAAGAAGAGAAGAAAGAAGUGUUCCAACAGCUUACCGUCUGAGCAACAGCCCAGGGGUCAGCCGGAGACGCACACGCUCCAGAAGUCCCCAUGAGAAGAAAAAGAAGAGAAGAUCUCGGUCACGUCCCAAGUCCAAGGCAAGGUCACAGUCAGUGUCACCGAGCAAACAGGCUGCACACAAGAACUCGGCCCAUUCAACCAGCAUCUCUCCUGUGGAGAGUAGAGAAUCCAGCCAAGAGCGCUCCAGGGGAGUUUCUCAGGAAAAAGAUGGUCAGAUCUCUUCAGCAAUUGUGUCUUCAGUGCAAAGUAAAAUAACUCAGGAUCUAAUGGCCAAAGUGAGAGCAAUGCUUGCUGCUUCCAAAAACAUACAAACUAGUGCCUCCUGAGACCCAGUGAACUGACCGUUCCUUAGGAAAACACGUGGGAUGGCCUUUUGCAAACAGUUUCCAUGGCCUCAUUGCAGCUGUGGAUCAGAGAACUCUGAGCGUUUGGUCCUCAGCUGCCUUUUGUAGGAGAUUAUUGGAAUUGGAAGAUCAGAAAAACCUUAUUUCUGUCCAGCCCCACCCUCACAAGCGCUGCCAGAAUUUUCCACCCUGGAUCCCCCUUGGACAAUUGAAGGUUUUUGUAAAUUGAUUUUUGAUGACCUCUUCAGUUUAAGAUUUUUGACCAGCAGUCUCUUAUCUGUAUAUUUGUAAAUAAUAUCAUGUUUCUGUGAAAAUGUAUUACCAAAUAAAGUGGGAGAAAAACACCUUUUCUAGCUA